CCAUUUUGGUGGCCGGGCGCGGAGGUGAUUCCACACUGAGGAGAGCGCGGCGGCUGAGGUGGCAGUGGCAGCGUUCCUGUGCUCGGGUCUGAAUCGCCGGAGGAGGAGGCAGUGGAGGAAGAGGUGGCGGCGGUGGCGUUGGUCGUAGCGGUGGCGGAGGAGGCGGGUACGAAUCAGCUGCGGGCGGAGACAUGGCCAACAUCGCGGUGCAGCGAAUCAAGCGGGAGUUCAAGGAAGUGCUGAAGAGCGAGGAGACGAGCAAAAAUCAAAUUAAAGUAGAUCUUGUAGAUGAGAAUUUUACAGAAUUAAGAGGAGAAAUAGCAGGACCUCCAGACACACCAUAUGAAGGAGGAAGAUACCAAUUAGAGAUAAAAAUACCAGAAACAUAUCCAUUUAAUCCCCCUAAGGUCCGGUUUAUCACUAAAAUAUGGCAUCCUAAUAUUAGUUCCGUCACGGGGGCUAUUUGUUUGGAUAUUCUGAAAGAUCAAUGGGCGGCAGCGAUGACUCUUCGUACGGUGUUAUUGUCAUUGCAAGCACUAUUGGCAGCAGCAGAACCAGAUGAUCCACAAGAUGCAGUAGUAGCAAAUCAGUACAAACAAAAUCCUGAAAUGUUCAAACAGACAGCUCGACUUUGGGCACAUGUGUAUGCUGGAGCACCAGUUUCUAGUCCAGAAUACACCAAAAAAAUAGAAAAUCUAUGUGCUAUGGGCUUUGAUAGGAAUGCAGUAAUAGUGGCCUUGUCUUCAAAAUCAUGGGAUGUAGAGACUGCAACAGAAUUGCUUCUGAGUAACUGAGGCAUAGAAUGAGAGCUGCUGAUAUAGUCGAGCUUGCCCCUUCUUGAGGAGCAUCAACAUCUGUUAUUUUUAGGAUUCUGCAUAGAUUUCUUUUAAACUGGCAUUCUUGCCUAAUGAUGUUAUCUAGGCACCAUUGGAGACUGAAAAAAAAAAAACCUGCUCUGUAAAUAAAGCUAAUUAAACGUCUGUGUAAAUUUAAAAAGGGGAAA